UCUGCCGUCUUCCAUUCAGCUGCCCAAACAAAACUAUUAGUUAUUAAUUUUUAUAGUCUAGCUUUUACCGCUGCCGCCGUCACUCAUUAUCAGCUCCGUUCCCAUCGGGAGCAAAUAUUUUUACUCUCGUCUAAUUCUGCGAGAAUCCAUCUAUAUUCUCCUUCAGCUCCUUUCUUCUGAGUUGCAACCCUGAGAACAGGUCAAGGAGAAACCGAGAAGAACGGCCAUGUCCUCUCCAAGCAAGCGCCGAGAAAUGGAUUUGAUGAAACUGAUGAUGAGUGAUUAUAGGGUUGAGAUGGUUAACGAUGGGAUGCAGGAGUUCUUUGUGGAUUUCCAUGGACCUAAAGAUAGUCUUUACCAAGGAGGAGUGUGGAGAAUCAAGGUUGGGCUACCUGAUGCUUAUCCCUAUAAAUCCCCAUCAAUUGGUUUUGUGAAUAAGAUAUACCAUCCAAAUGUGGAUGAGAUUUCAGGAUCUGUUUGUUUGGAUGUCAUUAACCAGACUUGGAGCCCCAUGUUUGAUCUUGUGAAUGUAUUUGAAGUUUUUCUUCCACAGCUUCUCUUGUAUCCAAAUCCUUCUGAUCCAUUGAAUGGAGAGGCUGCAGCUUUAAUGAUGCGAGAUAAAUCUUCCUAUGAUCAGAGAGUGAAAGAAUACUGCGAAAAAUAUGCAAAACAUGAAGCAGCUGGGGCUCCCCCAGAAGAGGAAUCGAGUGAUGAGAUGUCGGAGGAUGAAUACGAUUCUAGUGAUGAAGCAGUUGUUGGCAAGCCAGAUCUGUAAAAGGGCAUAGGCCUUCCAAAAUCUGUAAAUGGAAUUAUCAGCUUGUCGCUUCAUCAUUGCUUUACAAAACUUGUAAGUGUAAAUAUUUUGUAUUAUGUGUUAUUUUAUGUCUUCUUUACAAGUGUUGGAUGUUUGGGUUCUGAAUAAUGGAUGGAUAUCUGUACAUUUAUGAGUGAGUGCAUGGUAAUUUAUUUGGAAAUGUAGAUGACAGGUCUUUGUUUCACCAUUAAAAAUGCUUUCAGUUGGUAAAGUUA